AUGAAGAGUGCAGCUCACCUGAAUGUGAAGACUUACGAGACUUGGUGUUUUUUGGAGAAGCACUGUAUGUGUCGGUCAAACCACUGCCCGCAUUAUACAAAGACGAAGUCGGAAGCCCGUGGAUCUUUGGCAGGCCUGUCGGGUCACUAUUCAAAUUGUAGCCCCUCUCCACAGACUCAGCUUCAAGGGGCAAUUCAUCUAGAGAUUAUCAAUCACUUACUCGGAAUGCUUGCUGCAGAACACGAAGUGUCUCUCGGGUGCGCUUUCUCUUCAUGGACACCUCAUCUGGUUCAACAUAAAACCUCAACCAUCCGGAAUCAGAGCAUACCUGUAAAGCUUUUUGAUGAAGACAUUAUGAAGCUCUCGUUUGGUAUGGCACUUGAACACAAAAUUACCUGCUCCGGAACAAUUCCGUUCGCUUGGCGUGCAAGGAUAGCACGAGAUUUCAGACUUCUCUCUGAAUUUGGUGCUUUAUCUGCAUCUCCCGAGUCCUAA